AUUACAUCUCAAGGUAGGGCUACGAGUCGAAAGACUGGACGAAAGAUGCGUCUUUAUGUGGUUGCGAAGCCUGCGAUUUCCUACCUAAAGCGGUUUCUCGUUCCCUUCCUCAAAAUUGCUGCAAAAAGUCAUACCCUCGAUUAUCUCAAGCUCCGUCAUUGCAGUGCGGAGAUUGACAUGUUUACCUCGUGUUUCUUCAAGGACUGCUGCAAGUCGUGGUUUCAUUUUCUCACACUGUGUUUGCAAGAUCCUUCAACAAUGUUAGCUGGGUACGAGACAAGCGCUCGCGAGUAUGUAUUCAGGAGUCUGUUCAAGAAAGCUAGCGACAGCUUUGAUGCGGAGGAGUAUGAAGAGAGCGAGGGUCUUUGCCGUCUGCUCUUGAGCUAUACUGACCUUAGCAUCUUCCACAAGGCAGGAUGUCAUCGUAUCCUAUCGCUCGGCGACACAGAUUUUCUCUGGCAUGCCGAACAAGCCUUGAACUUGUAUGAGCAGCUCUUUUAUCCAGACGGUGAAUCUACUGGAGACCAUCUUCUCAGCGAUGCGCAACUUGAAACACGCAACAACAUUCUCGAGGAUGUUCAUAAGAACUUUGCCCAGGCGGAACGGGAUCACGUCGAGAUACAGUGCGACUACACGGAGCGCUGCGAGCGAUUCGAGGCCAUAUAUGGACAUCAUCCCACAGCAAAAGAUGUCAGUAAAGCCCGUCUGGAUCGCCACGGCAAAAGGUAUCUCCAGGCUGUCAACGGACCGGCACAUAGUUACGACUUCUUCAUCGAGAAAGCGUUUGGACCGCAACAGAUAAACGAGAACAAGAAUCAUGACGACCAAAGCAAUACAGAAGAAGGUUGA